CCCUGCUCUCCUGCAGCUCUGGGCAGUCGGAGUGGAGAUGAUGAUGAUGAUGAUUGCCUGAGCCUGUUACCACGCUGGCUGCAGCAGCUGUGCACGGCUCAGUCCUGAGCUGUGCAAGGCUGGAGUAGGAGGCAGUGUUGCUCAGAGCCGAGCGAGGGUGGAUCUCUCUCCACAGAAGCAAGAGGGGAAGCUGUCAGUGGGAGAGAUGGAGCAGCCGUGUCUGAGAGCAGCCUCCCUCUAAGGGAUCCUCUGGGUGUGUGCGUGCGUCCCCGUGCCUUGGAUUUCCGCCUGUGCCCCUAAUCUCAUGGCUGCUUUGACAUCCGUGCACAACAGCUGGGUUUGUUCCAUUCCGUGAUCUCCAGAAACAAAGGCACUUCAGAGCCGGACGGACCCACGCCCAGCCGCCUUGUUGUUAUUAGACACGGAGGAAGGCGACAGCCCCGUGGAGUUCCCUGCGUCGUCUGCAGCCGGGGUCUGUGCGGGUGAGAGCGCGAGCAGCCUAACGAGACAAAUUAACAGCUAGUAAUUUUCCACCCCUCUCUGCUCCUUCCCUGACAAGUGGCUGGAAGGUUGGCCUGGGCCAUGGGGGACAAAGGAACCAGAGUAUUUAAGAAAGCGAGUCCCAACGGAAAGGGGCGGUGCGGGCGAAUUCCAAUCUGAUUUGUUCUGACGGCCAAUCAGCCAUCUGAGCCGGGGCGGCAGGCAAGGCGGGGGAUGUGCGUUCUCAUGGAUAAUGACGAGCUCACCGUCUACCUUGGGAAGAGGGACUUUGUCGACCACAUAGAUGUUGUGGAUUCUGUUGAUGGCGUCGUGUUGGUUGAUCCAGAGUACUUAAAAGAAAGGAAAGUCUUUGUCACACUGACGUGCGCCUUCCGCUACGGACGGGAGGAUCUGGACGUGCUGGGACUGACCUUUCGGAAGGACCUGUUUGUGGCCAACAUCCAGGCCUUCCCUCCGGUCCCUGAGGAGAAGAAACCCCUGACGCGACUCCAGGAGCGGCUGAUUAAGAAGCUCGGCGAGCAUGCCUACCCCUUCACUUUCGAGAUCCCUCCCAACCUGCCGUGUUCCGUCACACUGCAGCCUGGACCGGAGGACACGGGGAAGGCCUGUGGCGUUGACUACGAGGUGAAAGCUUUCUGUGCAGAGAACCUGGAGGAGAAAAUCCACAAGAGGAAUUCUGUGCGCCUGGUGAUCCGCAAAGUGCAGUACGCGCCGGAGCGACCGGGCCCCCAGCCCAUGGCGGAGACCACCAGGCAGUUCCUGAUGUCCGACAAGCCGCUGCAUCUGGAGGCGUCCCUGGACAAGGAGAUUUACUACCAUGGCGAGCCAAUCAACGUCAACGUCCACGUGACAAACAAUACAAACAAGACGGUGAAGAAGAUUAAAAUCUCAGUGCGCCAGUACGCGGACAUCUGCCUGUUCAACACUGCUCAGUACAAGUGCCCCGUGGCUGUGGAAGAGGCAGAUGACGUGGUGGCUCCGAGUUCGACGUUCUGCAAAGUCUACACGCUGACCCCCUUUCUCGCCAACAACCGGGAGAAGCGGGGCCUGGCCCUGGAUGGGAAGCUUAAACAUGAAGACACCAAUCUGGCUUCCAGCACAUUACUAAGAGAUGGAGCCAAUAAGGAGAUCCUGGGAAUUAUUGUCUCGUAUAAAGUGAAAGUGAAGCUGGUGGUGUCUCGGGGAGGCCUGCUGGGAGAUCUUGCAUCCAGUGACGUUGCGGUGGAGCUGCCUUUCACACUGAUGCACCCCAAGCCCAAGGAGGAGCCCUUGCACCGGGAUGUUCCAGAGAAUGAAGCUCCCAUAGAUACAAAUCUCAUAGAGCUUGAUACAAAUGACGACGACAUCGUGUUCGAAGACUUCGCCCGGCAGAGACUGAAGGGCAUGAAGGACGACAAGGAGGAAGACGAGGAGGGGACAAACUCGCCGCAGCUGAAUGACAGAUAAACGGGAUUCUUUUAACCAGUUCUGUUUGUUUCCAGUAACAUCUCUGCAGUAGGCUUCUUAUAUUUUGUAUGAUUUUUUUUUUCUACAUGUACCGGGAGCCUAUGGAUCACCCAGAUGGUGACGGCAAUUAUAACCUUACAGCUGUGCCAUAUUUAUCACCGUGCAUCUCGCUACCUAGGCUGAAGUCUCGUCAGCUGUCUCAAGAACGAGCACAGGGCGGUGGGCCAGCCCCCAGGGGGGACGGCAGCAAUCCGGUGUCACCGACGCUCAGCCCCCCUUAGGAUUGGGUCCCCUCUAGUCCCUGGCCCUGUUUUCACUCUGGAGCAGCUGCUCUCAGCCCUUUCAUAUGAUCUGCAUCUUUUAUGCAUUUUGUAUAAUCCACACAAGACAAAUCUUUGUUACGGGGGUGGGAGGAAGGGAUGGGGCGGACAACGCCUGUGACAGGGGUUUAUUUUCUAGGCCAAUUGUUUUCACUGCAGAUGGGACAGUGUAUGACGUGGACACAGUGCUACAGGCUGGCUGGAGAACAGUUGUGACGCCGAUCAGCUGAUCGCACUGAGUCCCGGGCUGUGACCCGCCCUCCCUGCGGUUCACAGCCUAUUGGCAAAGCCGGCCGGUUUGUGCACGGCCCAUCCAGGCCAAGAGCCUUGCUGACCCUGAGCACAGAGCCCGCGCCCCAAGCUCAGCACUGCUGGCCCCCAGCCCCUGUCCCUCACCUUGCUGGCUGAUGGCAAGGAUCUCCCUCGCUCGAGGGCAACUAGACUCCCCCCUGUGGGUCCCAUGCUGGCCCUGCUUCGACCCCGUACCCCCACCAGGAUCCUAGCUCCACACAGGGGCUUGCAGGAAGUGGGGGAGGACUGGCUGGGCCAGGGCGCUCCUGCUGGCCACUCAGGCAGGCUGUGCAGAGCCCCCCGUUAGCUGCAGGCAGGGCUGGACAAGGGUUCCUGCCUGAGGGAAGCAUCCCCUUACGUGAUCCCUGCCAGGGCCAGGCAGCUCCUACAGAGGCAGGAGAAAGGGGCUGCUAGGGGAUUGACCCCAGUAUCUUAGUUUCUUCUGCAACACACUGCCCCCCUCGUCCGGCGUGUUUAGAGGCGGGAUGAUGGGAAACGGCUUUUGUGUCCGUCACCAGAGAGAGAGAUGGUCACCAGCGGUUCAGACACGUGUGCUGAGAGCGCUGGCUCCCAGGGUGGAGACCAUAGGGUUGGGGAUCUGCUGCCUGUCUCCCCUUCUGCACCUUGUGUGCCGUGCCGUGGACUUGGGCUGCUGGUGAUCGCAAGCUGCAGCCGUUCCAAGUGAGCUCUGAUGCCUGCUGGAGCAUGGGAGGCAGUGGGCACCAGCCGGCCCAGCCUCAGCCUGGCAAACUAGCACCAUUACUCUUUAAGGAUGGGACCGGCUGCGUUUGGACAUUGCCAGGCGGUGAGAGGUUCUAGCUGCAGGAGGCAGGAAUCAGUCAGUCAGGCUGAUAGUCUAUGGCGACUGCUCAGUUUUUAGCACGGGGAUACACAUGCCUCACUGUGAACACAGCCACCUGCUCUCCCGCCAGCUGGUGCACACGGCUGUGCGUAAACCAGGCCGUGCGCUGUCCCACGCUGUUCCCUACCCCGUAGGUCUGGCGUGUGGCUGGGGGGCUGUGAAGCGCUGGGAUCCCUCGGGUUAAGGGAGGAAGGUGAGAGUGGCAAUUUCCGGGCCUAGGCGUGACGAGAGAAACAGGCAGGAUGCUAGUCCCAGUCCCUUCCGGCGCGGGAGCAAGGGAAUGGUCCUAGGGUGAGGCCUUAGAAGGAGGUAACUGCCUCCUAGGCUUUGCCUUUCUAGUUCCUCCACAAAGGCUAUGGACGAGGUUGUUUGAGUCGUAAGGGACCCAGGCAAAACGCUCUGCAGCCUGUAUGCGUUUUGGCUGGGUUUGGCCGAGUCCCCGCAGAGUGGCUGGAACAGGGUGGUGAGCUGCACAUUUGGCGUUUGCGUUUAUUCAGCUCCACGGCCGCGCACACGCCUGACCCUAGGGAUGCAGGAGACAGAAAUCCGGGAGAGGUCGGUGGUGUUUGAUUUGCAGGGCCCGUGGGAUUGGACGAGGCUGGUCCUGUGACUGACGAUAACACUUUGACGCCAAAGUAUCGUCGAGUCUUGGAAACCCGCAACGAUUUUUAUCUUCUGUGCCAGGACUGCAUGCGUGUGUAUGUAUAUCACACACUCGCUCACUCUCGCACUGGCUAGUCAACAGCGGCCAGAUUAGAUUUAAAGAAAAACCUUCACACUGGGAGAAAGAAAUAGCCAGCUCUCCCGUGGCAGUCUGCAGCCCGUAAUCCAUUCCGCCCUCAUGGGCCUCUGAGGACACUGAGGACUCAGACACCCCCCAUCUCCAUGCUCUGUCCUGAAGGAACCUGUUCUGCAGCCCCUGCUGCCCACUGUUGAUUUUCUCUCGCCUUUCCACACAAUGGACAAAAAUCAUCCCUGGUGCAACUCCAGUGAUGUCUCUGGGCUUCCUUCAGGGCUAGAUUUGGUCCACCUUUGCUCCCCUCUCUUCCUCUGCCCUCAAGGAUUAUUUAACUAUCUAAAUGAUUUGAGAGACGGUUUAGAGGAAAGAUGCCCCUUGGGAUAAAGUUCUGUUGUGGUGAGCUGCAUCCAUGCGGGCUCUUCUGGGUGCAUGAGAAACCAUCUUCUCCUGUCAACCCCCAGAGAACCCAGUGUGAGUGCUCUCCACCUGAUAUAUUCUCCACGCCUUUUCUGGGUACCCCGAGGCCUGCUGAUACUGGUGUUCGCAAUGUUGUGACUGUGUUGGUCCCAGAAUAUGAGAGCGACAAGCUGGGUGAAGAAAUAGCCUUUAUGGGGGUGGAAGAGCCAAGCUUUUGAGCUCCACAGAGUUCUUCUCCAGGUCUGGGGCUGGUACUCAGGGGGUCACAGCUCAGUGCACGGUGGGACAGGUUGUUAAGCAUAAGGAGGUAACACAUAUUGCCAGACACCAGUUACAGUGAAGUGGGAAAUUAACACCUCCGCAGUCGUAGGGCAAAGGCUGGUUAGUAGUUUACAAAUUGUAACGAGCCAUAAAACCAGGACCAGGCCUUUUGGUGUCUAGCCGCAUUCUCAAUUUAAGUUCCCAGGCUCGUCUUUUGAAGGCAUCAUGAAGAUUUCCUUUGAGGAGCAGGAGUGGGAGAAGUGUUCGCCCGUGAUGAUAGGGUGUUUUGCUGUGUGAGUUCAUUCGACAGUCUGGUUUCACCCACAUAGUUACUGUUGGGGCAUUUGCUGUAAUGGGUCAUGUACAUCACCUGUUGUGAUAGGCACAUGUAGGGCCCAUGUGUCGUGAAAGGCAGGUUCGGGGUUGUGCUGGUCGCUGUAGCAGCGGAGAGAUGGCUGCAGGUUUCACAUCUGUUGUUCUGGCAGAGUCUGGUGCUGCUUUGAGUUGAUGGGCCCGGAUAUGUCUUGCUUCUGCAGAUGAGGUUGGCAGGUUUGAGGGGGUUGUUUGAAGGCCAGAAGAGUGGGUUCAGGAAAGAUUGAAAUGCUGGGACUCUUCAGAGUGGAGAUGAGUAAGCGAGGGCAUGAGGAAGGCAUACAAAGUAAUGGGAUGGAGAAAGGAAAUCAGCUGCUUUUCUUUACCCUUUUACAACACAAGGACAAGGGGGCACUCUGUGAAACUGAUUCCUUACACACAACACAGAAUAACUUGUGGAACUCACUACCACAGGACAUCCAGGCACAGAGCAGAGGAGGGUUUAAAAGAGGAUCUGAAAGUCAGAUGUGACAACAGCCACAAUGUCAGGAGAGGAGAUUAAAAAAAUAUUUUUUAGAAAACCUGGGCAUGAGCCCACUUCUAACUGGUGCAGUGGGCGGGGGCAGGAUAGGAAGACAUUUCCCCUAUGGCAAGAACGUUCUAUCCACGGGGAAGCUCCUUGCAUCUAUCUCGGAAACAUCUGUUCCUAACCAAUGGUGAAGACAGGCCCUGAGCUGGUUGGUCUGACCCAUUGGCUGAUGGCUGCCAGGUGGUCACUCCUGUAGAGUGUGGGCAGCGGCUGGGAAUGUCACUGACUGUCAGGUGGGGCUCAGGACGUUCUGUUGACUCUGGUUUGAAUCCAGCGCUGGCUAAGAUCUCGCAGGGAAGCACUUAUACUUAUGGCAGGCUUAUGUGAUGGUUCAUUUGGGCACUCGCUAGUUUGCGGGAGGGGUGGGGAGUAGCCAAGGAAAAGUCUCCCAUUUAGUAAAUGCUGAGGAACACGUCAGAGCCAUACCUGACAGGGGGGCGGGGGAGGUGGCCACGUGUGCCCUGGGGAUGGGGAAGUUAUGAGUGGUUGAGACAGGGAGCAGCGUGCCAAAGAGAAGUGGGGUCAGCAUGGUGUCUAAGUCAGGGGGUGUGCGGGGAGACUACUUUGACUGACAGCUGCCUGUGACCUGCUUUCCUGGCUAUUCGCCUCUCUCCCAGUCCAUCGGCAUGUUUGUUCUACCAGCUUAGGCUCCCUUAAACUCGGAGAGUCGGAGGCCAGAGGUGCUGGAACUGGGAGUGCGGCAGCACCCUGUGACUUGAAGUGGAUUCCAUUAUGUACAGGAUUUACAGCGUGGUUCAGUGGCUCUCAGCCCCCCGCUCAGAUGCUGAUCUCAUUUGCACAGGUGUAGCUCCAGAAUAGCACCAUUGACCCCCUAACAGAGCUGCUGCAGAGACACCAGCGUAACACAGCUCAGCAUUUUGCUUUGUGGGCUGAAGUCAUUCCUGGUGGAAUUGCGUUGUACCAAGCGGAGUGAGCCCAGGGAUGAAUGUGCCCCAGUGAAAAUUCCCUAGGGCCUGAGCCAAAGUCCUCUGAAACUAGUGGGCGCCUCAUUCAGACUCCGCUCGACUUCAGAGGGCUUUGGAUCCGGCCAUUAACAGUGUGUCACUUCCACCACCAGGUGUGUGUAAAAUUUCCCUGCCAACACCGUGCUGGAUUUCGGGCAACUGCAUGUGCCAGUGGGUAAUUUACCCCAGUCACAGGCGCUCUCACAGCCAGCUGUGCUCGCUAGCUUGGGCAGGGUUCUGGCUCUAGCGAGGGCCCAGCAACGCUUCAAGGCUUGCUAGCUGGACGUUAAGCUCUGUAGCAUUACACCCAAUGAAAGAAGUAACAAUCCAUCCUCUGGGAGAAAAAAAUAACCCAGAGAACGGUGGGUGAGGAGCUCAUGUUUAGUCAGACAGCGCCUUCUGUCCCAUCCCCGACACACUCAUCGAGGCGGUUAGUUCUAUUCAAUAACAAUCUUUGCCCUUAUUCAUUACUCACCUGCAUUCAGCAUGAACGUUCGGAGCCCGUGCAUUGGCCAUUCGAUCUGUAUAUACGCACGUCGGGCGCGCUAGAGAGAGACAGAGCGAAAACCAACCGUUGUUAUUUUUAGGUCACCUGACUGGGCAAUGUGGUACUUUUUGUAAAGUGGUUACUUUGUACUGUUCAUUGAGAACUUGCUUCUUCGGUUUCUCCCCUGUAUCUGUGACGUUUCUGUGUUCUGUCAAAUAAAUUAUUCUAGUUUAUUAAACUCAGAGAAGAAACCACA